UUAAGACACAUUUCGUUCUCCGUCUCCACCCUUGUGUUGUAUACCAUUUUUCAUGGCUUCGUUCUCCGUCUCCACCAAGGUUGAACCUGACGCCGACGAAGAUUGCGUUGCAGAGGAAGAAGUGUUUCAUUUUUCUUAUCUUUUGCAUUCUUUAGUUAUUCACUCGUUUCUGUUGCUCCAGUGUGAUUAUAGAAUUAGAGCCAAUGCCAAUUUACUUCCUCUCCUUGCAUUGCAGUCUGAGAAUUUUGAUGAUUUCACUAUUGCUUCUCCAUGGGAAAGGUUUAUUUAUGAAAUAGAGGCAGUUUGUCGGAAUUGGAUGGCCGAUACUCCAACGAGGUUAUUGGAUAAAGGUGCAGUUGCAUUAGGGUAUUCCAAAUAUUCGUACAAGGUCAAAUCUGAAUUGAAGUAUGGCACAGAAAGUUACUGCAUGGAGUACUAUUUUGAGACCAACAUUAAUGGCAAACCUGGCAUGGCGGACUGGAGGUCUGCUUUUCAUGAUCUGCAACUAUGUUUUGGUGUAAAGGAAUUUUUGGUGAUUUCUCCUAAAAGUGCAAGCAGUGCUGUUCUUGAUGCACCAGAAGCAAGCAAGCUACUGAGUGCUGUUGCAAUUGCUUUGUCAAAUUGUUCAAGUUUAUGGCCAGCAUUUGUUCCAGUUCAUGAAUCUUCACGUAAAGCAUAUAUUGGAAUUCAGAACAUGAGUACUGUAUUUACAAGAAGGUUUGAAGCAGAUUGGAUUUGUAGUCAGGUUCCGAGAAGACUGAUGCAUUUGGAAGGCCUGUAUGACUUGUUUGUAUCUAAGUUUGCGUACUCCACAUUGGAUCUUCCUACUAAUCUUUUCAAAGUGCAAUUUGCAAUGAGGCUAACAUAUAACAUGCUUCCUCAUGAUGAUUACAAUAUGAAAGCCAUUGAUGCUCAAAAUACAAAUUCUGGAGAAAAUCUUACUGGUGAAACCUCUAAUGAAACACUGUGGGAUAAUGAUUGUCCUUGGAGUGAGUGGUAUUCUGCAGAAGAUCCUGUUAAAGGUUUUGAGCUGAUUACGAUAUGGUCAAAGAAGAUGGUUGAAAGUUCUUUGGAAAUGGAUGAACUGGAAAAUGCUUCACCUUAUGAAGCUGAGAAGUGGUUGAUCUCUCCAAGUUGUCCUCCAAAACUGCUUGAAGGUUCUGAAUGGAAUCAAAAUGGAUUUGCAUCCCGGUUGCAUAUUCUAGUUGAUGCAUUGAAAACGUCAUUUGAGGCCCGAUUUAUGGGAAAUUUUGUUUCAGCAGAUGAUAACUCUGGUUCUGAGAAUUUGAAUUCCUCAAUGAUUAUACCGCCACAAACUGUCAGCGAUCAAGUGCUGAAAGAGCUAUUUCAAAAAGGAGUACAGGUCACAGACUCUGCUUAUGGUGGAAAUAGGACUUCUCGAGCAAUAAAAGGCGCACCUCUUGAAUCACUCUUUGCACAAUUUUGUUUACACUCUCUUUGGUUUUGUGACUGCAACAUUAGAGCUAUUGCUGUCCUAUGGAUGGAGUUCGUACGAGAGGUUAGGAGGUGUUGGGAAGAGUCACAAUUAAUCCCUCGAAUGACAGCAAAUGGUUCAAUUGACCUUUCCACUUGUUUGAUUAACCAAAAACUUCAGAUGCUUGCAGUAUGCAUUGAGAAGAAAUGCGAAGUGAAUGAGGAUUAUCAAGACUGUAUUGGUAGUGAAGAUCAAAUUGAGUCUAUAACUGAGAAUUUCUCUACCCUGGUGGUAAAGGACAGAUUAGCUUCAGACAUGUCAGCAUUUAAAGCAGCAAAUCCAAAUGCUGUUUUUGAAGAUUUUAUUCGCUGUCAUUCACCUGGGGAUUGGAUAGAUGAUGACCUUGAGGUUGAGAUGUCUAAAGAUAAUCCGUCUCCAAGAGGAAAACUUUCAGAGAGAAUGUCUGAGAAUGGGAACUCGUGGAGAAAUAUUUGGAGCCGCUCACCUGCUCUUCCUGUUUCUGGACAGAAGCCUCUUCUAGAUCCAAAUCGAGAAGGAGAGAAGGUUCUUCAGUAUCUGGAAACUUUACAACCACAUCAGUUGCUUGAGCAAAUGCUGUGUACUGCCUUUGGAGCAGCAGCCGACACCUUAAUUCAAACCAAUUAUGGAGAGCUGAAACAGAUGGAAUCUAUGAUGCAGCACCUUUACCUUACUUUGGCUCCUGCUUUGAAGCCCUUGCAAGAAAAUCGUUUAUCCCCUGAUAGUGAGACUAUUGAAGACCUAAGACGACUGUGUAUUGUUUUCCAGCACGUAGAGAAAUUACUGACUCUUGCAGCUUCUCUUCAUCGCAAGUUCUUACAAGCACCAAGCCUAGCCCGAGAAAUUUUCAGUGAUUUCUAUAACUUCUAUAUUCCUAGAUUGGGAAUAGGCCUGGUAGAAGAAAAGGAGUUUGACAAGAAACAAGCAGUGUGGAAUGAAGAGAGAGAAGCGGUGGCAAAUAUGUUUGUUCAACCCACUGCAAACCAAUCUUGGAGAAAGGUUUUGAGUAUGGGCAAUCUUCUCAAUGGUCAUGAACCAAUUCGGAGGGAGAUUAUUUUUUCAGUGCAUGGAGUGAAUGGUAAUCACUAUGCUAUUCCUACUGCUACUGUUUCCCAACAAAACGUUGAAACUUACCGCAUGUAUAUAUGUGGAACUUCUAAUGAUCUCAGGGUCGCUCUCUCUGUUGUCUCAUGUGAUUAAUUUUAUGGUGUUUACUGGUUACAUUUAUAUGUUCGUUAGGAACCAGUAUCAUAACAUCUCUAGCUUUUGUUGAUUAAAAUGUUCAUGAUGUACUUUCCAAUGAUUUUAUUUCUAACUAAAAAUUUGUAUAUUAUUUCAUUGAAAGCUCAUUAGUAAAUAAAGACCAUUUUAUUUA